AUGACUGUUUCGUAUACUCCAUGCAAAAAGCACAUUGCACCGAAUUUGUCGAAAUUAAACGGCGAUGGAGGGAUUUCGGAAAUCGUGAGAACGGACAAAAAUGGGAAAACGUGCAGAAUGGAGGUGACUCAAGUGCCCUAUUGUAUGGGAAUGUGCAAAACGGGAGAGUUCGGCACGUAUACCACCGAUUUUCGUCAACAGAACAGCUCGAUGUGCGGUUAUGUGAAUCCGAAAUUUGAAGAGAUAACGAUGAGUGAUUGUGACGAGGGGGUUGAUCCAGAGAUUCGCAUUGUGAAGAUCCUCGAUCAAGACACAGAGUGUGGAUGUGUCCCUGUGCCACCAAAAGAUCAA